AUGUCUGUUCACGGGAGCCUAACACGUAAACAGGAGCGAUCCCAAUGGACAGUCUACAAAGACUAUGAUUGUAUGCUCAAUCAGACCAAUAUAGAUGAGAACAAUAAUAAAUUCUAUAUCAUUCAGCUGCUACAACAUGUGAAGCGUCCCGAUCGAUUCUUGGUCUGGACUCGAUGGGGACGUGUGGGUGAACGGGGCCAAAACGCCCGAUUCGGUCCAUUUAGUAAUUUGAAAGAUGCAGUGAAAGCGUUUGAGAAGAAAUUCACAGACAAAACAAAAAAUUCGUGGUCCAAACGUGCGUCGUUUGUGUUUCAUCCAGGCAAAUAUAGUUUGGUGGAGGUUGUCGAAAAAGAAGCCGCGGAUAUUCCGAUGCCUAAUGUGGAGGAGAAGAACAUAACACCGUCAAAAUUGGAGACACACACCCUGCAACUGAUCCGCCGCAUAUUUGACACCGAAAUGUUCAAUCACGUUAUGACAACAUUGAAGAUUGAUACGAAGAAGAUGCCAUUGGGUAAAUUGAGUGCUCGUCAGAUCACCAGCGCGUUUGAAGUACUGGAUGAGUUGGAGGAUGUGUUGAAAGGCAAUAAGAAGGGGGACAUCAACUUCCUGUCCUCUCGAUUCUACACUCUGAUGCCGCAUUCGUUCGGGCGGGUUCGACCGCCACCGAUCAACACACUAGAAUUGUUGCGUGAGAAGAUGGACACGUUNCUCUGGCACAAAAAAUACAAGAGGAAUUACCGUCUGUGGAAAACGAGCUAUCGAUUGGAUUGGAAAACCCUCGGAUCAGUUCACUUGAGAACGAAAUCGGAUAUAUUGCCGAAUCCUUGGGAUGAAAAGUACAACCUGUUGGAAUGUGAUAUUGUCUGGUUAGACGCGAACGAUUCCGAACGAAAAUUACUCGCGGAAUGGUUCGAGAACACCAAGAACCGGAACGGUGUUUUGCUGAACAUAUGGAAGGUGAAACGUCGCACAGAGCCGGAGCGACUGAAGAGAUAUGCAAAUGUACCUAACCAUAAACUUCUCUGGCAUGGCACCAACAUCGGUGUGGUUGCUGCAAUUCUGAAAACUGGACUGCGAAUUAUGCCGCGUUCGGGUGGUCUGGUGGGCAAAGGGAUCUAUUUUGCCUCGCAAGCUGCCAAAUCCAUGUGUUUUUGUGGUUAUGAUCCCCAUGGUCAUCGGUUGAUGUUCUUGGCUGAAGUGGUUUUGGGGAAAGAGCAUUACAUCUACACACCAGAUCGAUCAAUUAGGAAGCCUCCAAAAGGUUACGAUAGUGUGGUGGCAUUUGGUACCCAUGAAUCGAAGCCUGGUGGAAGUAGGGAACUAAUAUUAGACGGAAUAAAAGUUACCGUUCCGUACAGUUCGCCAGUGCGCCGCAAAGUCAAAUCCGAGUUUUAUCACAGUGAAUAUCUGGUCUACAACGAGGCUCAAGCUUGUCUUCGAUAUUUGAUUGAAUGGAAGACCACGGUCUGA